AUGGGCCGACGAUCACGUCCGUCUCCUGCACAUUCCCCAUCGCCGUCCACAUCGCCCUUCGCACACAAUAACAACAACAACAACAACAAUUACAAUUACCAUUACAACAAUAACAAUCACCACCACAACAACAAUGGCGGUGGAGAAGAGGAGAUCCUCCCGCCCGCCUCUCAACAGGAUGAACACCGUCAGCAUCACGCCUACAAGUCGCUUCCCAAAUCCACCCGCCAGCGGCUUGUCGCCUCCGACGCGUCUCUCCUCGCCCGCACCGUCCACCUGCGCUUUCUGCCCACAUCGAUGCGGCAGGGCGAUCUCGCGGCGCUCUGCGGGGAGUGCGGCGUCUACACACGUGUGCGGCUCUGCGGCUCAGCGGCCGGCGGUGCGCAGCAUUGGGUGUACGGCUUCGUCGAGUUUGCGGACCGGCGGGGGGCGGCGGCGAUGUUGCGGCGCAGCGGGGCGGAACUCCCGAACGGCGCCGGCCGCCCGCCGCUGCGGCUGAAGUGCACCGCCGCCAAACAGGCGAUCGUCGACCGCGUCUUCCACGACGCCGACGAGGCCGCGGGGAUCGCGUGUAUUUUCGGCACCGGCAGCUUCGCCCACCGCACACUGAAGGAGGCCGUCGACAGUUAUCACAACUUGAAGCGAAAAGAAGGCGCCGCGCGGAGUAACAGCAGCGGAAGUAAUCACAACAACCACAAUAACCACAACCACAGUAGUAGCAACCGCAGCAACAGUAAUAGUAAUAAUAAUAAUAAUAAUAAUAAUAGGAGUGGUAGUAGUGGGAAUAAUGGAAAUGGGAAUAAUGGGAAUGGGAAGUAUCAUAUUCCAGCACCGCGGCAUUUGGUGGAGAAACAGAAUGAAAUGCGUGCGCUUCAUGAGUUGCUCCCAAAGCAACAGGAACCACACAGAGGAGAGGAUGAACAAGAAGCAGAAGGACCACAACAACAGCAACAACAUAAUCAUUAUUCUUAUAAUCACUCAUAUUAUUAUCAAGAACAGGCAUCCUUAUCACCAUCUUUACCAUUACCACACUUACAACAACAACAACAGCAACAACAACAACAACAUUAUAUGGGAUAUCAUUCCAUUUCUGGUUCAAACUCAGAUGAUGAGUCGGCAGGUAUUACACCAGUCUUACAUGUAUCCGGAACCAACAACAAUCCUCCUCUCACCAAUGAAGGCACAUGUAAUAAUAUUACCCCAAUAUUCUUCAAUCAAUCCUCAUCGCAAACCCACGUGGUGGGAAAUUGUAAUCGUGAAUCCUAUAAUGAUGAUAUACUCUCAUUACAAGAUGAACAUAUCCCAACACCAAUAAAACUUUCAUAUACGGCUCUCUCUGUUGGGGUUAAUGGCUAUUCUCUCUCACCGUCAUCAUCGUCCUCUACGACUGCUGCUGCUGUUACUACUACUGCUGCUGGUGCUGGUGCUGUGGGAACAGUCUCGCAGAUGUAUCUUCUUGAUCGUGCAAAGGCAUUAGUGUUGACUGUAAUGCGAUGUGCACAACGAUAUAUUACGACUGGUGAACAAUUUUACGACGCCAUUGGAGCUCUUCGAAGGAUUCUCACCGUUGUGGAUCCCCAAGUGGAUAAAAUGGGUUAUGUAUUAGAAGCUACCUCCGUAACGCAAAUAGAAGAAAUGGUGCAGAAGCAGCAAUUGAUACAACUUCGUCUUGUUACGCAUCUUCUUACCUUUAUGUUAUAUGCCUGUAAAGGAAAUAUAGAGGAGGCUCUUUCAUCUAUUCACAAUGUAGUUACGUAUUGUAAUAUGAUACCUUGUACACAUUUGCAGCGACCCAAUCUAUCCUCUUCCUCCUCCAAGUUACCUCCAUCUCCUUUAUUAACAUCCUCUUAUAUGCUCAGAGUAAAAGAACAAGGAAACCAUCAACCUCAUCAACCUUAUCAUAAUAAUAAUAAUAAGGUGAAUGAUACUCUGAUGGUAGAGAGAGCAACGAUGGUAUCUGUAGAAGGAAAUGCGGUAGAGGAGUUACACUAUACACAAGAGACUGCAAUGAUGGAAGGAAGUCGACAGGAUGAGGAAAUGAUAUGUACAGUGAAUCCACUCUGUCAAGGAUUUGAUUUCCUUAGUGUGGUCAACAUGAAUGAAGAAGAUGAACAGGAGGCCGCUGUAUUUAAUGCCGCAAUGGGAGUUCUACCAACAGACGAUCAAGAAGAGGACGCUAACGAUAAUGUACAAAACCUGAAAGAAGAAUUACAACAACAACAACUACUACACGAAUGUGUAUAUCACUGCAAUGUACAGCUUCACACUUAUGUAUUGAAUGUACUCUUGACGAUUGGUUUAACGAUGGAGACCACACAUCCAGUGGUGGCCCGUUGUGUAUAUGUUCUUAUUGCCCGAAGAGCUAAAGAAGUCUUUGGUGUUGUUCUUCAGCAAUUAGAGGAAAUGUUAAUGGAGGGCGGUGUGCAUCAUCUACGCGAGAUUCUUUUCCCGCAGUUGUUAAAUGACAGUGAAUUCCUCACAGACUUUUUUCAGAGUUUUGAUGUGCAGACGGCGGCGGUGGGGGAUCAUCACUUCUGGAGAAUGUUGCCGCCUCUUCACAUGAUUCAGGUCUUUCAAUCACCAGAAAUGUAA